AUGCAUAGCAAAGAUACACUGCCGAGAGUCUACAUCUCAGGCGGUCUCUGGACCUAUAUACUGGAAGAGCUCGAGAGACAGGGCCGCCACUACAUUCCUCUUGAACACAAAGCCAAAGUCCAGGUUACAGGCCUGGUGAACACCACUAUGCUGUCUUCUCGCAAUGGCACAGGCGAGCAGCUCCUGCCCACCAUUUGA